AUGGAUCUCAAAAUAGUUUACUGGAAUAUUCGUGGGCUUAAUGAUCUUAACAGAAGGGAUAUUGUGAAGAAAAAGAUUAAGGAUUGGAAACCAAGUAUUGUGCUUCUCCAAGAAACAAAAAUUCAACUAUGUAAUGAUUUGAUAGCUUGGCAAUGUUGGGGGAAAAGAGAUAUAAUGUGGCUUUAUUCUCAUUCACAGGGUAGCUCUGGUGGUAUUCUUUGUCUUUGGGAUUCAAGUAAAAUUCAAGUAAUUGAUUCUUUGAUAGGGCCUUAUUCAAUUACAUUGCAUUGCAAAAAUUUGUCCAAUUGUUUUGAGUGGAUGUUCACAGGGGUUUAUGCUCCUUGUGCUAACAAUACUGAAGAGGUUAAUUUGUUCUGGAGAGAAAUUGAAGAAACUAGAGCUUUUUGGAAUUUUCCUUGGGUGAUUGGAGGCGAUUUUAAUGAACUUCGAUUUGCUCAUGAAAGAACCUCAGGUGGAGAUUAUACAAUUGGCAUGAUAAAGUUAAAUAGUUUUAUCUCAAGGCACCAUUUAUUUGAUUUUCCUUUGAUUGAUGCUUCUUUUACUUGGACAAAUAAUCAAAUCCAAAGUAUAAGGAGCAGAAUCGACAGAAUUCUUCUUUUCCCUGCAACGGAAAGUGUAUACCCUCAAGUAACACAACAUUCUCUUGAUCGUCCUUGUUCUGAUCACAAUCCAAUAGCUAUGGUCUGUGAAGGGGUGAAGCAUGGUCCGUCUCCAUUCCGCUGUGAGUAUUAUUGGUUUUUACAUCCAAAAUUUCUUAAUUUUGUUAGAGAUAUGUGGAAUUCUUUUGAUGUUUCAGGAAGUGCUGGAUUUGUUUUUUGCAAAAAGCUACAACUUCUUAAACAUCAUCUAAGACUUUGGAGUAAAAGGGAGUAUCGUGAGGUGGACAGAAAGCUUGAAUAA